AUGUCGGAGACUGGUGUUUCUGAGCCGCGCGAACCUGCCGAUCUGGCAAGAACGCUACUGGUUCUAGAAGAAGGGGCCAAGGAUUGUCUGCAGUCUAAGGAUUACAUCUCGUUUUUGACAAUUCUGGAUGUCUACAUAGGCGAACCCAUUUUGUACAAGGAAGAGGAGCGCGAGCGGAUACUCCAGAAGCUGCUGGAGAUUUUCACCCGCCACCAUGAGAUGCUGCCUGAGAUCGGCUGGGAUCUGCCCGCACUUCUGCUUAAGUUCUGCAACGUGGACUAUACGCCCCGUCCGCUGGUCGAAAUCAAGUCGCUCGUGUGCAUUAUGAAGAUCUUCGACAUACUAGCUCGUUAUGGCAGUCCGAAGGAGUUGCUAUUGGCUGGGUGCGAAAUCAUACGCGACCUCAGGGCUGAUAUCGAUACGGCCGGGACCGAGCCAGGCCAGGCUGCGAAUCCGCCCCUCGGGCUGAGAAUGCAGGAAGGGACCCGUACGAUCAAGUUCCACAUGAUUCUGGAGCUGGUCAAUACCAGCCUACGGCGCAACCAGACGAUAUAUCCGUCGAAGUUCCUAGGAAUGGCUGUUUCUGCGUUGGUGAACUUCAUGAAGAAUCCAGACCAGCCUAUGACAGACCUUGCUGUCGCACGCCGCGUCUACACGUUCAUUAGAGACUACGUCCCACCAGACAUCCCAGACUCGAAUAGGGACUCGAUACAGGACCUGACAAAGCUGGUUGAUCAGGAAAAUUACCUCCAACGGAAAUUGCUGCUCCUGCUUCUGUCCGUGGCAGCCGAAACCGCCUCUACUACGUUGGCUCCAGAACUGAUCUCGACCGUGUAUCCGCAGGUGAGACAAAUGAAAGACGACGACAAUGUGCUUAUGCUUGAGUUCCUGGGACGCUUUGUGAGUCUGUCGAUGUCUAUGGACGUGGAGCUGGACAAGUCGUUUGGCGAGGAAAUCGACAAGGCAGAAAAGGUGUUUGAAAGUGCUGCAAUUGGUGAGAAUGAGGAUAUUUUCAAACUCGUGAUCGACAACUACAAUUCCACUGGGUUCAGACAGAAAGAGCCCGAAACGAUUCCCUUUUCUGCUGUUGCUUCUAUCGUCCUCUACACGUUCAGUCGGUUUGUGGAGGGCACUCAAUACAACACCCCGCUGCCGUCGUUCUUGCAAUUGGUCAAGCUACAGUUGUGCAUACUGAUCCCGUCCCUAAUGAGCACCGCCAAUGUCCAUGGAGGCGCCAUUGUGAGUCUGGUGAUCUUAAGCAUGAGGGUACUGGAGACAGAAGGGUUUGAGUACACCAACCAAGACAGAAUUCUUAUCCUGGGAUAUCUUCAGAGUCUAUCUUCUCUGUGCCUCCAGUUCCCAGACUUCAACAUCCGCAAACUGUUCUACUCGUUAACGAUGAAAGUGCUAAUCAACCUGAAAGAGCAAGACGCUUACGAGUUUGUGAUCGACACACUGGAGAACUGUUCGGCGGAGUCUGUGAGAACAUGUAUGAUUGGAAUUCUCAAAGACCUGAUCCUGCGCACCAAGCCGGCUCCGGUGGAAAAGCAGAUAGAGAAUCUACAUGUCUCUGCUCCUUCGUUGCCACCGCGCGAGCUGAAAUACAUCACAUUCACGGAAGAGCGCGGGGCAAAGAUUCUGCAGCUGCUGGACACGGCGAUAGAGGAGACGUUUGCUGACGAAACUGUCGACCCUGUCAUAUGCGAUACGUUACUAGCAUACAUCAAUCUGGUCCUCUCGGUCAAAAAGUUCAGCAAGGGAGACGUCCAAAAGCGUGUCCUCGCUAUCAAGCACCACCUGUCAAAGCUGGACUCGUCGUAUCAACAGAUCGUCCACUUGGUCGAGUACAGCGUCGAUAAGGCUGCCGAAUUUUAUGACAUAUAG